GGACUGUGAGCGAGCCGGGGUUUGCGUGGACGCGCGAGUGGCGCGGGACCGCGGGGGCGCGUGAGCGGCACGGCUGUUGGUUGGCGGGACUGCUGACCCUGCUGAAAUGGUUCCUCCUCCUCCGCCCCGGUUGCUUCUGGUAGCCCUGGUGGGGCUCCUGAGUCUUUGCGAGGUGGUGGCUGAGACAGCGGAGGAGGCAGGAACCCGUUGUCCCAAGGGCCUGUGGCCUCUGCCUCCACAGGUGUUACCAAGAGUGACUUACACGCAGGUGAGACAAGGGCCGGUUGAUGGUGUCGCCUUCCUCUACCACCCCUGUGCCCACCCCUGGCUGAAGUUCCAGCUUGCUUUCUUGGCCCAUGUGUGUGUGGCUAAGCCCACACUCAUUCCUGAUUCCAAUCUCACUUGGGCCCGGCCCCUGGUGGUGACAGCAUGGGGGACUGCACUGGAGAUGGCACGGGUAGAGCCAGCCUGGGCGGCCCACUGGUUGAAGAGGCGGCGACGGCGGAAGCAGAGAAAGAGUGUGUGGUUUCUGCUUGACACUCUUUCGGGGCCCACUCCCAUGAUGGCAGCCCCCAGCAGAGGGGAGCUGUGUGGGAGGCGGUGUGUACAGGCCCAGACUCUGGCCUUCGCUCUACGGAGCUGGCGACCUCCUGGUGUAGAGGUGACAACUAGAGGACCCAGGCGGCGCUCUCUCAAUGUUGUCAAGAGAAGGAGGCUCCGGGCUGCCCUUGGUCUCCAAGCCACUCCCUCAGGCCUGAAGGCUUCCUUGGCCACUUCACAGAGCCCGAAGGCCCAGCAACCCAUUUUGGGAUCCUCAUCUGUGGCCCCUGUCUCCUUGAUGACUAGAGGACCUGGAGGCAAUGGCAGGUCCAUGACAGAGGCUCAGACGCCCAGUGGGCAAAGCAAUCCAGGGGGUUGUGCCUGCCCGGGCAAAGCUUCCCCAGCUCCUCGAGCAGCAGCGCCUCCUCGGGUAGCCCGAGGCCCCACUCCACGCACAGAAGAGGCUGCUUGGGCUGCCAUGGCCCUGACCUUCCUGCUGGUCCUGCUCACCCUGGCCACGCUUUGCACGCGAUUGCACCGGAACUUCCGCAGGAGUGAAAGCAUCUACUGGGGGCCCACAGCAGACAGCCAGGACACAGUGGCUGCGGUGCUGAAACGGAGGCUGCCCUUGCCCUCGCGCCGGAUCAAGCGGUCUCGCAGACGGCCCCUGCUCCCGCCCACACCGGAUAGCGGCCCUGACUCAGAGAGCUCAGACUGAGCGGCUCCGCCCCCUGGGUGUCCGCUGCCACGUGGGCCGCGCGCCAGCGCCCCCUGGCGGCAGGCGAAGAGGCCCUGGAGGCUUCAUUUGGUUAGAGUAUCCUUCUAGCUUCCCUGAUGCAAAUUCCCGUUUCUAAUUAAAUUAUUUUAGUAGAAUUCGGAGUUGGGCGAAUGUAUCUGCCCUCAGCCAUACUCUUUCAAGUCACCGGCCCUCGGGAGACUUAAGAGUCGAGCUGGGCAGCCGGCAUCCCCUGGCUAUUAGGGUCGCUUCAGGUGCGGCACUCUCCACUUGCUUAUCUUUUUUGCAGGUCUCCCCCACUCAACACACACGCAUCUUUCUCCGUCCCUAAUUUCUGUAGCUCAAGACAGCCUUAAACGUGCUAUCUGGCCUCAGCGGCCCAAGGACUA